AUGCCAUACAAAAUUGAGUUUAAACCUGGAUUAUACUUCAUAGAACUUUGGGGAGCAUCAGGUGGCUACUAUGAUUCUCAGCCCACAUUAGGUGGAUAUGGCUCCUAUACAUCGGGAUUCCUUCCACUAAUGAAGAAACGUAUUUUAUAUAUAUAUCUUGGUCAAAAAGGGAAAUUUGAUGGUCCACCAACCUUUAAUGGCGGUGGAAAAGGUACAUACUCUCCAUCCAAAGACUCUAUUUCGGGAUCUGGUGGUGGAGCAAGCGAUAUGAGAUUCAUAUAUGGAGAAUGGAAUGAAAUCAACUCAUUGAAAUCGAGAAUAAUCGUUUCCGCAGGCGGUGCUGGGUCAACUGAUGCUGUUUCAAGUAUAGUUAGAGGCGGCCAUGGCGGCGCUAUCAGCGGCUACAAAGGCACUCAGUAUCGAGUGAGCUCAUCUGCAGACACUUUAACCGAUGCUACUGGCGCCAGCAAUGUUUUAGGCGGAAUCUCUGGUUUAAUGAGUAAUAAAAUUCCAAGUUCAAUUAUGAACGGAUCAUUUGGGAUAGGAGCAAAUCCUUUCGAUGCCCACUAUGGAUCAGGUGGUGGAGGGGGAGAUUAUGGUGGAGGUGCUGGAAAUGUUGUUAACAAUUGUGUCGGUACCGGAUCAGGGGGUUCUUCAUUUAUUUCAGGAUACAAAGGUUGUGAUGCGAUUUCUCAAAAUUAUACAUUGGAUAAUCCGGUCCACACCGGGAAACCAUACCACUAUUCUGGAUUUGUGUUUGUGAACCCCAUCAUGAAAGAUGGUAACACAGUUCAAUACUCAGGUAAUGGUCAAGCCAGAAUUACUGUUGCUUAUCAAGAAUAUUUUAAUAUUAAGCAAAGCUGCGUUAAUUCAUACUCAAUAAGUCCACAUUAUUUUUACUUAAUUGUCUCUAUCAUUAUUGAUUGUUAA